AUGGAGUCUUCGACUGUGAACGACUCCGAGUACUUUGAUUAUGGGGACGCUAGCAUGAAUUCCUCAGCAUCAACGCCAUCUUCUCAAAUUAUCCUUGGGCCUUUGAAGCCCAAUGUUGCACAGGCGAUAGCUUUUGCGUGUUCUACUUUUCUCAUUAUUACAUCGAACACUCUAACAUUAAUGGUUCUUCAUCUGAAGCCAUCCUGUUUUGUAGAGAUCUCUCGCCUUAUAUUCCAGGCACUAGCCGUUACCGAUCUUCUCACUGGUUUGUUCUGUUGCUUCUUCAGCUUUUUGUUUUCCUGCGCUCCGCAACUACAGAACACAGUGACCUGUACAAUACGAACAAUGGCCUGUACGGGAUGUCUGAACCAGUCAGCUCUAACAAUGGCAUUUGCAACCGUUGACCGUUACAUCGCCAUCACUAAACCGCUGCGGUAUACUUCAAUCAUGACCGCAGUGCGCGCACAAUACGUUCUCUCCGUUCUUGCCUUUAUUUCCAUUGGCAACGCCAUUUUCACCAAUGUAGGAGCCGACUUCACGUCCACCAAAAGAACGUGCGUUUCAGACUUUUCAGCAGUUGGAAUUGGCAUAUCUUUUCGGCCAUCGCUCGUCGUCAUCCUCCUUAUAUUCUAUGGUAGCCUUUUGAUCUCGACAUUCGCCAACUAUAACGUCGUGCGUAUAGCUCUUCGUCAUUCAAGGAGUCUUGGUAACGAGUCUUCACUUCGCCAGAAUGGAAACAUGCAGGACGGCACCUCGAGUUCCACUGAUGGUCCUUUCAACAUGACACCGUAUUUACCACAACCUGUUCGUGAAAACAGCAUCAAGAUGAGGAGCCUUUGGACCGUUGUCAUGGCUACGAUAUCGUUCUACAUCUUGGUGAUGCCUUGGAACAUCAUGGCAUCACUUCACUUCGCCCACCACGUUCAGAUCCCUCAUUCUCUAAGAAUCACAGCUGCCUAUCUCCUAAUAAACAAUUCUUGGUGGAACACCGUAAUUUAUUCUCUUUUGAACACAACCUUUCGACGCGCCCUUGGCAAAACACUUAUCCGGGUAUUUGGCCGUACCACCACGUCUGAUGUCAGCUUUGAGUCGACAAUAGCCGCGACGGAUGGAAGCAUAAAUAUGAAUAUGUCUCCGUAA